AUGUCGACACUCCAGAAAAUUGCCGAGUUGGAGGCGGAGUAUGCCAAGACUCAGAAGAAUAAGGCGACAAAUUAUCAUCUGGGCUUGAUCAAAGCCAAGCUUGCAAAGCUGAGGCGAGAGCUGAUCGAGCCCUCGGGAGGCGGUGGAGGAAAAGGGGGUGAGGGCUUUGACGUUGCUAAAUCCGGGGAUACACGCGUGGGCCUUGUGGGCUUUCCCUCCGUGGGAAAGUCUACGUUGCUGACAAAGCUUACAGGGACGUUCAGCGAGGCGGCUUCCUACGAAUUUACCACUCUGACUGCCAUCCCGGGUACCUUGCACUAUCGGGGAGCCCGUAUCCAGGUCGUUGACCUCCCAGGGAUCAUUGAGGGGGCCAAGGACGGGAAGGGUCGUGGGCGACAGGUUAUUUCCGCGGCACGGACAUGCAACAUCAUCUUGGUGGUCUUGGACGUUGCCAAGCCCGCCACGCACAAGAUCCUCAUCGAGCGUGAGCUGGACGGCUUCGGCAUCAGGUUGAACCAGGAACCCCCUCGCAUCAUGUUUCGAAAAAAGGAUAAGGGCGGGAUCAACUUUCAGGCCUUCGUGCCGCAGACGACUCUGGAUGCGGAGGCGGUGACGGCCAUAUGCCGGGAGUACAAGAUCCACAACGCCGACGUGCACUUGCGCUGCGACGCGACGGUGGACCAGAUCAUCGACGUGGUAGAGGGCAACAUCGUGGCAGAAUUAUUUGUGCAGGCAUGA